GGGCUUCGGUGGCGUGCUGCUCAUGGUGCGCCGCGGCCACGUGGGGAUGCUCUUCAUCGAAGGCGGCGUCCCCUUCUGGGGAGGAGCCUGCUUCAUCAUCUCGGGGUCCCUCUCAGUGGCAGCCGAGAAGAACCACACCAGUUGCCUGGUGAGGAGCAGUCUGGGGACCAACAUUCUCAGCGCCAUGGCGGCCUUUGCAGGGACGGCCAUUCUGCUCAUGGAUUUUGGUGUCACUAACUGGGAUGUAGGCAGGGGCUAUCUGGCCGUGCUUACCAUCUUCACCAUACUGGAGUUCUUCAUUGCGGUCACUGCCACCCACUUUGGGUGCCAAGCCACUCGCGCCCAAGCCCACGCGCCUGUGAUUUUCCUGCCGAACGCCUUCGGCACAGACUUCAACAUCCCCAGCCCCGCAGCUUCUCCUCCCCCCGCCUACGAUAAUGUGGCAUAUAUACCCAAGGAGCCUUCAGAGUAG